AUGUAUGUACCUUCAUCCCUCGCCAGCAAACCAUCAAGUGGUCCACCGAGACCCCCAGCAACCAUCCAGUGGUCCACCGAGACCCCCAGCAACCAUCCAGUGGUCCACCGAGACCCCCAGCAACCAUCCAGUGGUCCACCGAGACCCCCAGCAACCAUCCAGUGGUCCACCGAGACCCCCAGCAACCAUCCAGUGGUCCACCGAGACCCCCAGCAACCAUCCAGUGGUCCACCGAGACCCCAGCAACCAUCCAGUGGUCCACCGAGACCCCCAGCAACCAUCCAGUGGUCCACCGAGACCCCCAGCAACCAUCCAGUGGUCCACCGAGACCCCCAGCAACCAUCCAGUGGUCCACCGAGACCCCCAGCAACCAUCCAGUGGUCCACCGAGACCCCCAGCAACCAUCCAGUGGUCCACCGAGACCCCCAGCAACCAUCCAGUGGUCCACCGAGACCCCCAGCAACCAUCAAGUGGUCCACCGAGACCCCCAGCAACCAUCAAGUGGUCCACCGAGACCCCCAGCAACCAUCCAGUGGUCCACCGAGACCCCCAGCAACCAUCCAGUGGUCCACCGAGACCCCCAGCAACCAUCCAGUGGUCCACCGAGACCCCCAGCAACCAUCCAGUGGUCCACCGAGACCCCCAGCAACCAUCAAGUGGUCCACCGAGACCCCCAGCAACCAUCCAGUGGUUCACCGAGACCCCCAGCAACCAUCAAGUGGUCCACCGAGACCCCCAGCAACCAUCCAGUGGUCCACCGAGACCCCCAGCAACCAUCCAGUGGUUCACCGAGACCCCCAGCAACCAUCCAGUGGUCCACCGAGACCCCCAGCAACCAUCAAGUGGUCCACCGAGACCCCCAGCAACCAUCCAGUGGUCCACCGAGCAGCCACAACCAUCAAGUGGUCCACCGAGAACCCCUCCCCCAGCAACCAUCCAACUCCCGUUUUCUCCAGCCCUCAUGAAUUGGUAAUUAAGUCGGCGUCCGAGAUCACUACUUUGGGUCAGCUGGCUUCUUACCUUGAGACUGCCUUGAAGGAUCAGUAUUCCCGCGGCCCAGUAUCUGACCAGACUGGGUCACAGACUGUCGGCGGCCUGGUCAGCCAGGCUAUUGAAUACCGCUGCACGCAUUCUGACGAAUAA